CUCUAGUUUCGGUCACCAGGAGUUGACGUUGGUGUUUCUUGGAUGGUGCAAUUUGAGUCAAGCUCUGUGUAAGUCGUUUCGGAUGAACAGGGCGGAGUCCGCGACAUCCCAGGAAGAAGAAAUACACUGAGUCAACUAAGAACCGAGUUCCUCAUCGUAGACUUGUUCCGACUGCCAAAAUUUUCGCGUCCUUCUUCAAACUGUGUUACCCCAGUGAAACUGGUCUGUUCUUAGACAGCAACGGGAGCUUUUGUGGCGGUUCACUUGGAUGGACGGGGCAACCCUCGAUGGCAGCGAAGUUGGUGAAAAAAGAAGCUUCAUGGAAUUGGCCCAUUGUGAUCAUCUCUGUUGAGGUUUUCAGAGACUUAACUGAGGAUAUGGCGAAGUUGUUGAUUGUCAUCAGUGGCCUCGAAGGUUCCGGCGGACUCGCUGCUUUCUUCUUUGGUAGGUAUGGAGGGAAGGGGCUUGAACUCCAGGGUCAGAUUUCAUAGGCAGUGUAGCCCAGCUUACCAGCCCUAGAAUCUGACAUUGUACCUCGAGUAGCCAUAGGCCAUCUCCAAAUGUGUGAGAACCCUUUCAAAGUCCCUCUUCGAUACCCUUACUAAAACUAUCAUACUGAAAUACCACGAUGACCACGAUACUCGAGUUCAGGUAUGUAUGUGAACGAGGAUAGCCACAAAGGUGCUG